CUUUAUUAAACCUUGAUGGUGGAUUGAUAAGGGUGAAUUUCUAUCGGUUCCUUUUUUAUUGUGGAGACGGGGAGGGAUGACAGAGGUAAAUUGCUCUUUUAAUUAAACCAAUGCACCGAAGGAAAUUGCUGUCUGAAUAUUGUCUCAGAGAUGGGGCUUGUGACAGUUGCCUGGAAACUUCAAUCUGUCUCACAUUUAUUCCAGAUCACAGUUUUGAGAUAAAGUUUAAUAAAAAUCUUUGCGCCAAUGAAAGCCUACCCUUUCACGUCCACCACCACAAUGCGACAGAACUGCGGAGGAAGCCUUAUGUUUAACAUGUAUCUCUCAGAUCCUACGGAAAAUCUACUCAAGGAAACCAAAAGCUCUUCUUGGACCCCCAUCAACACAGGUGUGCAAAAAGGAAGUGGACAAAUCCAGCUGUGGCAAUUUCUUCUGGAGCUUUUGUCAGACAGCACCAAUAUGUCAUGCAUCGCCUGGGAGGGGACCAAUGGAGAGUUUAAACUGAUAGACCCGGACGAGGUCGCCAGACGCUGGGGCGAACGCAAGAGUAAACCGAACAUGAACUAUGAUAAACUGAGCCGAGCUCUGCGCUAUUACUACGACAAGAACAUCAUGACAAAGGUGCACGGAAAGCGCUACGCUUACAAAUUUGACUUUAACGGCCUGGCGCAAGUGUGCCAGCCAUCUUCCACAGAACAAGCCAUUUAUAAGUUUCAGAGUAACUUCGCUCCUAUCCAGUUUUCAGGUAUUUCGAAGCUCAACCUGGUUGCUCCGGGGGUUAGUCCAUCAGGGUUCUCUUACUGGCCAGGAUCUCCCCCGACCCUCUACCACAGCCACCUACAACCACCCGGACCAUUCGGUGCCGUUUCUGCGUCUCAUUUAAGUUGCGUAAACAAUAUCAAUAGUUUAAAUAACCUGAAUAAUAUCAAUAAUCACUAUAACUAAUUUUAUACGCCCCGGGGAUGCCCAAGACCAAUAUUACAUACUGCAAAAUUCACGUAGCGCAGAUAAAACUAUAGCCUAUAGCCAGUAUACAAUGUAUUAUAAGCAACUGCAGAUGAGAUGUAAUUAUUUACAAUAAAGUCAUACAAUUCGAAUGAAACAAUUCAUUCGCGUCGUAAGUCACCUGUUAAAUUCGACUUUAUUGUAAUAAUUUAGCGCCAUCUUAUGGAAAAUAACAAUAGGCUACUCAACAAAUUUCUUGUGUUAAUCAUAAUUUUAGUUUUUUUAUUGGUUUAAAUAAAUGUUACCGAACUACAUCCGAUAUCCUAGGCUGAUUUAAGGUAAAGGUAACACAUUAUUAAGGUGAUAAAAUAAACAAUAAAAUUAAUGUUGGAGCCUUUGUGAUAGACAUGAACAAAUGAUAAGAAGCCGAAAUAGCCGAAAGCUUGGAAAAUCAAGAAUAUGUAUUAUUACACUUUUGUAACACAACACAUGCUUGUUUAUAUGAUUAUAAUUUUUUUAAUUAUGACAAGCGAAUAGUUUUUAACAACUGACAAAUUGAAGAAAAAA